AAUAUACAGUACCUCUGGUUUAUAUAGGGCAGUGCAAUAUUAAAAGACUGUUUGUAGGUGAUAUACAUUAGCACAUAGAGCUCUCAGUAUUCCCAUGGAAAGACUGCUAUAAAUGCAUCCAGGAUGUGCUCCAAUAAGCACAGCACUGCCACUAAAAAUAGUCCACAAGGUUUAAAUUUAGGUUAAAAAGUGUUGUGUGCAGAGGAUGCUGCUGUUGGAACCAGAGCUACUUCUGCCACCUUGUGGGCAAAAUGGUGCACCUGCAACAUGGAUCAGACAACGGGUUCUUGUGACAAUCCUCAGUCAUGUGGUACGAUCCCUGUUCAGACAAUUACAGAAAUGGAAAGAAAGCCUACUGUAGGAUUGUGCAUGUUUGCAUAUGCCUACUCUUAUGUAAACUAUCAGGAAUCUGUGUAUGGUGUGAUAGGAAGAUGAAGAGAAGCAGCCUAUAAAGGAAUGAAAGCAAAUAAGGAGGGAGGAGAGGGAGGAGAGGGAGGAGAGAGAGACACAGAGACACGGGCGAAGCUGUUUGGUGAGAGCAGGAGGAGGAGGAGGAGGAAGACAAGAUGAGGAGAGGAGUGGAGGAGGAGGUGCAGGAGACCACCAUGAGAUCCAGGGUGUGAAGGGGAGAGAGCGGUAACGUUCAGCUGGAGGGAUGCUGCUCACGCUGCUUUUCUACCUUCGAGUCAAAGAAUCGAUCUAUCGCCGCGGGGCCAGAAGAUGGAGGAAACUCUACAGAGUCAACGGGCACCUCUUCCAGGCCAAGCGCUUUAACAGGAAAGCCUACUGUGGCCACUGUAGUGAAAGGAUAUGGGGGCUGGGCAGGCAGGGCUACAAGUGUAUCAACUGCAAACUGCUGGUCCAUAAGCGCUGUCACAGACUCAUCCCUCAGACCUGCCAAAGGCUUAUGGAUCCAGUCAUGCCAUCACAGGAGCCCCCCUCAGAUGCAAAGAACGAAGAGGUGGACAUUCCACCGGAUGACACAGAGGACACAGAUGAGAUACCUUUUCUACCGCACAACUGUACAGUGGAUAAAACAGAGAAUGCAGAUACAGAGGACAUCAAAGCAGUAGUGGAUGGCAUUGAUGGUAUUAAGCUCUCCCAGGGCCUGGCUCUCGGGCUGGGUGACUUUGACUUGAUCCGAGUGAUCGGGCGUGGCAGCUACGCCAAGGUCCUGCUGGUUCGGCUAAAGAAGAAUGAACAGGUGUAUGCCAUGAAGGUGGUAAAGAAGGAGCUGGUCCACGAUGACGAGGAUAUUGACUGGGUGCAGACAGAGAAGCAUGUGUUUGAGCAGGCGUCCACCAAUCCAUUCUUAGUAGGCCUCCACUCCUGUUUCCAGACAGAAAGUCGGUUAUUUCUAGUGAUUGAAUAUGUGAACGGCGGGGACUUGAUGUUUCACAUGCAACGACAAAGGAAGCUCCCAGAAGAACAUGCAAGAUUUUAUGCUGCUGAAAUCUGUAUUGCUCUGAACUUCCUUCAUGAAAAGGGCAUCAUCUAUCGCGAUCUGAAGCUGGACAACGUUCUCUUGGACCAUGAGGGACACAUCAAGCUCACAGACUAUGGCAUGUGCAAGGAAGGGAUCAGACCAGGUGACACCACUAGCACUUUCUGUGGAACACCCAACUACAUUGCCCCUGAGAUUCUCAGAGGAGAAGACUACGGCUUUAGUGUGGACUGGUGGGCUCUGGGCGUGCUGAUGUUUGAGAUGAUGGCUGGGAGGUCCCCAUUUGACAUCAUCACUGACAAUCCUGACAUGAACACAGAGGAGUACCUCUUCCAAGUUAUUCUUGAGAAGCCCAUUCGCAUCCCAAGGUCUCUGUCAGUGAAAGCUGCCAGCGUGCUCAAGGGCUUUCUAAACAAGGAUCCUAAGGAGCGGCUGGGUUGCCAGGUCCAGACGGGCUUCACAGAUAUCAAGUCACACACAUUCUUCCGCAGUAUAGACUGGGACCAGCUGGAGAAGAAAGAAGUGACGCCGCCCUUCAAACCUCAAAUCUCUGAUGACUACGGCCUCGAAAACUUUGACACGCAGUUUACUAAUGAACCAGUGCAGCUAACACCAGAUGAUGAGGACGUCAUCAAGAGAAUAGACCAGUCAGAAUUUGAGGGAUUUGAAUACAUCAACCCCCUGCUGCUACCCACAGAAGAGUCUGUAUGAAGGAGAGACGAGCUUCCUCCUUCGCCCACCUACUGUCUGUCCAAGCUGCCGUCUCAGCCAAAAACCACUCGCAAGCCAACUCUGAAAGGCGAGCAGGAGGGAGAGUAAAGGACAACAGGGAGGAUGAACUCACCCACUGGACCUGUCAACAAGGCAAAGCAAACAGGAGAACUGGAGAGUUUCCUUCCUGGACGAUUCAGAUUGUUUUGCUGGGGUACCAAACUCUCCUUUCUUGGUAUCGACAAGGAAAAUACAGACACUGAACUACAAGAACAUUCCCUGUUGUUACAUUGUCUUUCCCCUUUUCUUUUUCUCCUUCGACUACAUUUCUUUCUCCUGUCAGAAUGUCCAUCCUCAUGUCAAGCACGACUGGCUUUGUAAUUUGAACAGAGAGCUGUUGUUAAUUCUGUGCCUGCCAUCAUGAACACAUUUCAACCCCACUCACAUCCCUGGAUGAAUAUGACAGUUCUGCUGAAGAACUUGAAAUUUUAUGUGCACUUUUUUUUUGUUAAUUUCUUUUUUUUCUAUCUUGUAGGGGGGGGGCUAUGCCUCACACAAAACAAGAAUGUAAAAUGACAAAGGAAAAAAAUAAGUUAUUAUUGUGUAUUAUAUUGUAGGUAGUGAAUCCAAAAUUGACGAUGCCUUUUUAUUGAUGCAAGUGGCACAUUUUCAUUCGUAAUCGACAACUUUUCUUUUUUGUUAUCUUUUAUGAGUUUCGCAAACAAUGGGGGGAAAAUAGGUAACUGGGACAUGACUUUUUAUUUAAGAAGUGCCUCAAAGAUCAAAUUGAUUACCUAGUCUCUGAAUGCACUUAUCUCUUAUUGAACGUUUCUUCACCCAUCAUGAAUUCAGUACGUGAUGACCAACUGAAGCCAUAGCUAGACUCUACUGGGGUUGGUCCAAACUAUUCAAAUUUUGAGGGGAAUCAGUACAUUUGGAGUACAGCAGCCUGCCUCAGUCCUGACACGCAACAGAAUCUUUCCAUUUUUAAUUAAUCAAAUCAAAUGAUCAGUGUAGAGGUGACUGCUCUAUAGAUUCACAAGAGUAGCAACUAAACCUACAUCAGAAGUGUCUGAUUUCUACAGUAAGGGAUGAAAUGCUCAAAGGUUCAGUUUGAUGUAUAGAUAAUAGUGAAAACUGUGUCCUGCUUACCACUAGUUUUUCCAAUUCCAAACUAUCAUUUUGAAAUGUCACCUAUGGGUGUUAUCCAGCAGCCAGCAUUCAUACAGCCCUGUGUUUGGGAUAGAAACCCAGUAAAAAGGUGUAUGAAGGCCACAGCAUACUUGCUGCCAAUCCCAGUCUGGCAGCUUUAGAUAAACAUUAUAUCAGGACUACAGCUGAAAAAAAAGCAGUUCAUAGGUUCUGGCAUACGCAGUGUGUACAGGCUUGCUGGCCGAGCUCAGAUUCUUCCACACCAGCUGCCACUGCGUGACCAUCUGCAGCCGGUCGAAAAUAUCAUGUGACCGGUUGGUUGUUCUGCCUUGUGGAAACAUGUCUCCAUUUCUAUUUUGGGCUCAUUGUGUGUUUCCAUCUCUGCACUAAGACUGGCUUUACAUGGUGCAACUUGGAUGCAACUACAGCUGAGUGCCAAUUAAACUGUAAGACUGUUCCUUUAGUUCUAAAAGUCCAGAUGAAAGGACAGAAAUCAUCUGUUUACAGUCAAAAAUAAUGUUGAAGUGAAACAGGUCUUCAGAGAUCCAUCAGGAAUCCUUUAGCCUCCAAGCCUCUGAAUGGGUGGGCCAGUGGACUGAUGGACAGCAGAGCUGACAGGGGCACUGAGACACUGUAAGCAAAUUCACGAUUCACAAUUCAAGGUGACUAAAGCGUACAGACAUCAGACAGCAUUUUGUUAGCAAUGGCACUGAAAUAACAACACCUUUUAGAAUUAAGAAUAUAAAACUGUUCCUGUCAGGGUACUUAUUUUUCCUCAGUCACAGGAUGUGUAAAUUACAGCGCAGAUAUGCAGUUUAAUUUCAGCUGGACUUUAAAGGUACAUCAUUGAUUUACACACAGGAAUUUCCAAACGUCCUAAUUUCACUUCUGUCAUACAUUUCAGCCCCAGUUCUGUCACCUUCAUGUUUCAUAUUGUGGGUGACAGAACUAUAUAUGUGGCACAUUCAACUGAAUAUUUAAUUCAACUUGAAGAGUGUUAAAGUAACAGUAUGUUACCUUUUUCAAAUAUUUUUUCGUUGAAAUAUGCUCCAAAACCUGUUCAUGUGUAGAGAUGCUGUCAAAGGCCUCUGUGACCCAGACUCACUGAACAGCCUCGCAGCCUCACCCUUCUAACCAAUCAGAGAAGGCCAAAGUCAGGGGUGGUAUCUCACAGCUGUCAGUUAAUAUAUGAAUGUGCUCCUGGUCUACUGCUCCUCUCACAGCGAGGCUUCAAACUACUGUUAGUCUAUCACCGUCACUACAACCAGGAAGUAGGCAGAGGGCUGGGUGGAGUGUAACAGAGCAGAGAGGUUUUUGAGUCUUGUGCUAGUAUUAGCUUGAAAAAAACACUUAGCAGACUGUAGCUUUAGGUGGACAGUUUUCACAGUAGGUGUGGAUGACAGGUUAUUAUGCUGGAGAUUCAUCAAAAUCUGAACCUGAAAAGUGAUUUUCUGUUGGCCCAGCUCUGCCCCUCCAGACUGGGUCUGCAGUGACUACUGAGAACAGUCAAAUAUCGACAGUUGCUUGAUCAGAUUCUUAGGCCCAGUUCAGACUACACGAAUUCAGCCCAACACGACAACACAACGUUGUCAUAGCUGGCAAAUUUCCAGCAUCAGGUUUGAACGUGAACAUCGGAAAUAACAAAGUCUAGCGUGCCAGAAUUUUUUGCACUUUCAGCCUAGUGUGAGGUCUCAGACGUGUUCCUCACAUUGACCAAUAGGAUGACAGAGCACUCUGGCAUAAACAUGGUGUUGUGGCUGAAUCAGCAUGUUUACAAUUUCAUGAUCCUCAUCCCCAGUGACACGUAAAAACGUGAACAAUGAUCAGUUAGGGUCAAUCUUGUAGUGCUGCUAGUCUCCCAGCCAAGACCAAGCAAGAAUUUACAGCACUAUGAUUGAAUAAUCUGACAAUAAUCAAUAAUCAGUCAGUGCUGUUUUGAUAUUGAUACUGAAAACAUGAGCAUCAUAUUGGUAUCAGUAUUGAACAUUUUCAGUUAAUACCCGGCCCUACUUAAGAAUUAGGUAUGUCACUUGGAAUGUAGUGGAUGAGUUUGUAACCUGCAGCUGACAGCAAACAGCUGCCCAGUGUAAAGUCAGCCCAACACACAGUGGUCAGUGCUCUAACAUCAGUGGCUUGGAAGCUCAGCUUGCUAAGUGUUCGCUCAUUUCUGCACAGUUCCGAUUCAUCAGACGGUUUCCAAAUCAGAAUCAUUUCCCCAGACGCUGGUGCAGAGUAUCUACAAAAACAACAAGAAGCCAUGAGUUCAUUUGUAUACAGGGAGGUUUAGGCUGUUUCUAGUUCAGGCAAGUUUAACUUCAUGUACUGCCACCUUUAUACACAGCAAGCAGCAUAUUUUUAACAAAAUCUAAGAGGCCUGUGCUGUUAAAAACCUGGGAUAACAUCAGACACACGCACAACACAUCUGUGAAUAUCAACUACGAGCACAGAUUAAGAACAAAUCCCCCUCGCCUCUCAUAUAAGCUUUGUGUUGAUCUAUACGUCUGUGCACUUCCAAGGAAAGAGAGCUCUCUAUUGGCUGGGAAUUAUUUGAUGAAAUCUGACCCGUGCUAAUUUGAUAACCACAUAAUAGGAUUAAUUAGAUGAUCCCAAGUCAAAGGGUCUCAAUUACCUUCAGGGCUUUUACAGGCAAGCAAGGAACAGAUAGAGAGAGGAGAGAUAAUGAAGUAGUUUCUACAGUCACCGAUUAGUCCACCGCAAUGAACACACGAACACACACACACACACACACACACGCUGGAAUAAGGCAGAAAUCACUUUAACAUUCAAGGAAGCUUCCCUCUCCAUCCCCCUCAACUUCACCUCUUUAGCAGCGUUUUAUUAAUGUCAUGUUUUGUCGAUCUUUGCGCACACCUGGUGAUACGUUCUUUUUUUUUUCUUAAGGGACCAAUGGAUGAACUGGGAGUCCUUGAAACCACAUUACAGAACAGCAAAGGUCAUUCAAACAUCUGAAACAAAGAGAAUCUUUAUCUAAAAAUGAAUGAACUUAGUCCAUGAUUUUUGUUUUAACUGGUGGGAUAUGCUUAAUUUUGCUUCACCACAUCUUUGUAAAUAUGUGUAAUUAUUAAAAAUGAUACUGGUUUUCCGUGAA